CACACAUACAUACACACACACACAUUUCUAAGUUUUUACUCCCAUUGUGCAUCAAACGAUAAAUUGGAGCUAAACUGGACGUAGGAUCUCAAGUUGUAAGUGAGGAACUGAAGAAAUGUCAGACCAUGUUUGAGCAAAUCAUUUGGAUCUUCUGAUUGACAGUUUUUGAAAGUCUCAAUUCAAAUGCUGCUUGUUAAGCUGUCGCUUUGUCACUGUCACUAAAAUCUCAGCUCCGUGUUGCACAUCAUAAAUAGAAAAAGAUGCUCGAUAUUGUGAGUGUCAAGUUGAGUAUAUUUGUAAGCUGUUCAUGAAACAAGACACACGCAAAAAAAAAACCUAAACAUGUUUCCCCAUAAUGAUACAGUCUACCUCAUUUUUAAAAAGAUAGCUAACUAAACAGCAAAGUGUCGUCUUCAGUAACAUUUCCACCCUUGAAAUAAGCCAAACUUCCUUAUUCCCUCCUCAUUGAAGCACUUUUCUGACCUUACAAAUGCUUCAGAAUCCUGUUUGGUAGGAACAAUCAUCCAGCCUUCAUGUUCUGCAGGUUCCUCAUGGAUCAUCAUCAUCUCACAUCCAAACUCCUUAAGAGCCAUGCUGCUGUUACAGAAGUACAGAUAAACUGGUGGGAUAGACCUCCACAUAAUGCAUCCCAUAUCCUUCACUCCAGAAUGGCAGCUCCUUUUCAGUGCAGCCAUUGCCUCCAUUUAACUUUUCCCUUCAUUCUCCCCACUGCUUCUCUUCUCACAUCACCAGCAAAGGCUGCUCCAGGCUCUUGCACUUCCCCCUCCCUUUCUCGCUUUUCCCUCUCUCACUCCCUCUCCCCUUUCUCUCCUCCCUCGCGCUCUGUCCUCGCUGUAGCAGGCACGUUGCAGUCUCACUCCUGCACACAGACUCCGACACCAACACGCUCCCUGCACCAAAAGCCACAAACCGAUCAGCUGGGAACCGACACGGGAUGGCAAAACGAAGAGAUGACCAAGACCAUAAACGUGCAGCAGCAAUCUGCGGCACGGCACGAUCUCUUUAAAACAUCACCUAGUGACCUAGAGUCACCAAGCUCGCCUGGACGCUUGCUGGAUUGAGACAAAACAGAAGCAGGAAUAGGAGCACGGAUGUCAGGAAGCACCACAAGACGUUCCAUAAAGGAAAGUAUAAGGCUGACAGAGGGGUAAUGUAACAGUUCUCUGGAGAGGACUAGAUCUCUCUUGGGAGGAUAUAAAGAGCAAUGAAAAGUAACCAACCCGACGGGACCAACUACAGCCCAUCUGUAGCUGGGGAGAGGUCUCAAUAAUGCUACAAAAAAAAUGUGCAGCCUUGUGCAGUGAUAUGGGAAUUCUCACACAGAUGGAGAAAAUUGUACCUUGAAUAUAUGAAUAAAAUUUUUUUAAAAAAAACACCCCCACACACAAGGAAUAAUGAAUGGCAAUAAUGAGCCGUGCCUAUACAUACAAGCUGUAUGUAAAUGCCAUGGAUAUUUCGGAGGACAACAUGGGGAAAUGGACGUCAUGGGAAAAAAUGUCUCAGUCACCAGUUAAUUGGUUAGAUCAUCUCCUGGACUGAAGAAGCAUGGACGUAAUGAAAUUCAAGAAGUGAAAAAAAAUACAAUAAAAAUAAAUCAAUGCUUUCAGUUUGGCUUACAACAUUGUGUCCCUGGGAUUUCCCUUUUACAUAUCUAUGAGACAUCUUGUGGAAAAGAAUGGGCAAGGGAUCAUUUUAAAUGUUAAAACACCACAGACUUCUCAGGUCUGUGGAUAAAUAAAUUUAUCAUGCCAAGUCCAGGACUACUGUGCAUACCCAGAAUAAAGGAUCUACCACUGAAACAGCUGCAUGAGAAAAAAUGCAUUGGCCCCAAAAAAGCAGAUUCCUGUCUUAUAAGCCCUUGGUCUUUCCUUUGGUUAGGCCUAGUGAAUUAUAUCCUGCUAGGCUGCUGUCCUGGUGUGUUUGCAGGAGAGACAUGGGGAAUGGUCUCCAUCUGCCCCUUCCAUUGCGUGUGUCGGAACUUAUCAGAGUCUCUAAGCACGCUCUGUGUUAAUAAAGGACUGCUCUUUGUCCCACCCAAUAUUGACCGCCGCACUGUGGAGCUCCGUCUCGCAGACAACUACAUCCUGGAGGUCGGCGGACCCGACUUUGCCAACAUGACUGGAUUAGUGGAUCUGACCCUGUCUCGUAACACUAUACAUGCUCUGCGCCCACUGGCGUUUGGAGACUUGGAAAGCCUGCGGUCGCUUCACCUGGACACUAAUCGGUUGACUGUAGUGGGACCACAGGAUCUAACAGGCCUUCUCAACCUUCAGCAUCUCUUCAUAAACAACAACCAGCUUACAGAUGUCUCAGCUGAUGCCUUUGAUGACUUCCUGCUAACACUGGAAGACCUGGACUUGUCCUACAACAACCUUCGCAGGGUUCCCUGGGAAGCCAUCCAGAACAUGGCCAGCCUAAGCACCCUCAACUUGGAUCAUAACCUCAUAGACCAGAUUGCUGAGGGCUCUUUCAGUGAGCUCUACAAGCUGUCUCGUUUGGAUAUGACCUCAAACAGGCUCCAGACCCUUCCCCCUGAUCCCCUGUUUUCUCGCUCACAAAUUGGGGUAGUCAGCCCAACACCCUACAACGCCAUCAUCAGCCUGAAUUUUGGUGGAAACCCUCUGCAUUGUAACUGCGAGCUGUUGUGGCUGCGGAGGCUGAUCCGUGAGGAUGAUAUGGAGACCUGUGCCACACCCGCACACCUUGCUGGACGUUACUUCUGGUCCAUCCCAGAGGAAGAGUUCAUAUGCGAGCCUCCUCUAAUCACCCGCAACACCAACAAGCUGUGGGUCCUAGAGGGGCAGAGGGCCAUGCUUAAGUGCCGUGCAAUUGGUGACCCUGAGCCAGUCAUCCACUGGGUAUCCCCAGAUGACCGGAUUGUGGCCAACUCCAGCCGCAUACACUCAUAUUACAACGGAACCCUGGAUUUUCUGGUAACACGUGCCAGAGAUGAUGGAGCUUAUACGUGCAUCGCUAUCAAUGCAGCUGGGGAGUCCACUGCCCAGGUGGAGUUGAAAAUCAUCCCACUGCCUCACAGAGGAAAUGGAACAGUCCCACUUUUUAACCCCCGAGACCCUGGUGCCUCAGAUAUGAGUCAUGGAAGGGGAGGGGCUAUAGGAGGGAUGGUAACAGUAAGGAAUGUGACUGGAGAUGAAGGGGAGGAUGGAACAAGCAGUAGUAGCACUGGAACUGAGCAAUUGGUUGGAGUGCGGGAAGUGACCUCCAACUCUGCUCAGGUGCACUGGUUUAUGGGCAGAACUUCACCUUACUUGGUGUGGAUGUACCAGAUUCAGUACAAUAGCACAGCUGAUGAUGCCCUUGUGUACAGAAUUCUGCCACCUACCAGUAGUAGUUUCAUGCUGAAAAAUCUAGUCUCAAGCGCAGACUUCAGCCUGUGUGUUUUGGCCAUCUUUGACGACGGCAUCUCCACCUUGGCCACCACGAAAGUGUUGGGUUGCACCCAGUUCAGCACUAAAGAGGAUUAUCCAGAAUGCCGCUCCCUGCAGGCUCACUUCCUCGGUGGCACGCUAACAGUGAUGGUAGGUGGGGUGGUGGUGGUAACAUUGCUGGUCUUCACCGUGGCUAUGAUGAUGAGACACAGAGUGUGCGGUGAUUGUCAAGACCAUGUCGGGCAGUCGGGAGAGUUCCUGCCAGCCAAAGGGGUGGAUGUUUACGCUCAGACUAACGGAAAUAACAGCAUGAUGAUGGUGGCGUUGCCAAACAGGUUGUUGGCCCAGCAAACAAGUGCAGUUCAGGCCAAAGCCAAACAUAAGGAGCACAUGCUGGUCAAACUGAGCAACGAGCCCCACUGCAGUCAGGGCUCAGACAUGGACGUGGUGAGGCACAAGCCCAAUGCCUCUUUCACACCAGAGAGUGAUAAAGUGACAUUCUACUACUCCCCAGCCAAAAGUGCACACACUUUGCCCCACCCGGCACAUAAAGCUAUGAUGCAUGACAGCAAGCUGAAGCUGCGGCGGUCUCUAGAAAGAGAAAACGACAAAGACAUGAUGCAAGGUGUAAAACAAUCUUUAGCCUCACUGGCCCUCACUCAGACAGGGCAGGUGGGAGAGAAAAGGAGUUCAAAUUGGCCUGGAGAGAGGUGUGUUCUAGGGACCAGACGCAGCUGCUCUUUUGAUGCAGGUGACAUCGCCACCACCACAUGUUACAGCUAUGCCAAGAGGCUGAGUGUCAUCUGGACCCGCCGCAGUCAGUCGCUGCACAGCAUGCUGGUCCACUGCGCGUCCACCACUAGCACUUCCAGCACAGUGAGCGAGCAGUAUAGCCACGUACUGGUGCAUGGAUAUCUGCACGCAUAUGCCUCCAACAACUCAAACUCCAACUCAAAUUCAAACUGUAGCAUGGACGCCAAUCCAGGAGACCUGGAGGAAAGUGUGGUGUAAUGACUGAUGUAAGAAAAGGAAGACUGAAAGAUUAAGUUGGUGGAAAACUAUGUUCAGCAUGUGCCAAGCUAAUAAAUGUGCCACCCAAAACACAGAAAAAGUCAAUGUCCUCAUGCAAUGGAAGCAAGGAAAGCAAAAGCAAAAAAAAACCUUUAAAAAAAAAACACAAAACAUUAAUAAAUAAAUAAAAUAAAAUGUUGUCAGGAAAAGAAAAAAGAAAAAAAAAAAAUGGUAUAAUGAGUUCUGUACAUUACACAAAGUCUAAAGUAUACUUUGUUGGGUGUUAAUUUUUAAUCUCCAAGAGGCCAAAUUAAAUAAAAUUAAGACAAAAAAAAAAAAAAAAAAAAAAAAAACCCAGAGGAGGCAGAAUUUGGUAGAAAAAUUAUAUUCAAAAACACACCUGGUCAUGAGGCCCUGAGCAUAUGGGAUUACAACCUGGAGCUUCUGUUUCAACAAGAUUAAUUAACUAAUUAAUACAUUAUUCAAUAAAUCAGCCACUACCCUAUACCAGUGCAACUGCUUCUGAACACAAAUGUGCCAGGAAGAAUAUCCGAAACACAAACCAUAAAGUUAGAAAGAAAGCACAUUAUCCACUAAAACAUUCUGCAGUAAGGGAAAGGGUUGUGAAUGAAUAUAAGGUUUUAAAUUUUUUUUUUUUUUUAAUGAUCAUGUUAAUACUGAAUUUGUACUGGAAAUGCAGUAUUAAUAACUAUGAACACUUAAAAAGGAUGUGUGUUUAUUUGUCUACCAUCAUACAUCAAUAGUCCCACCAGUCUGACUUACAAUCUGAGUGUUCCCAUCUGGUACUUUCCUUCAGAAUUUAAAAAAAAAAAAAAAUUAUAUAUACACACAUACAUACACACACACACACACACACAAUAUAUAUAUAUAUAUAUAAAUAUACACAUACAUACACACACACACAUACAUAUAUAUACAUACAUACACACAUACAUACACACACAAUUAAAAUUAUGUCAAAUGGACAUUCUGCAUUAUGGAAUAAAGCUGCUAUUUUUGAAGAGGUGAAUCCUUCAUGAUAGGAACUUUGAUUAAAAAGUGAGCUUUUUAACCUUAAUGAAGUGGAAAAUACCUCACACGACACAUGGAAUCUCAUAUGACUACAUGACAGCUGGUUAUUGUUAUAAGAUUUCUAAACUUUCCACUGCUAAUGUGCUAACAUAAUUACACUGGAGGCAAAUUUAUUUAGUAGAAUUCAUGCUGACACAGAUUGAAUAAUCUACAAAGUAAUAAAAGUCUUAAGAUCUCAAAGAGGAAUAGAAAGGAAGACGAACACUGCAAAGCUGUAGGCAAACGGGGAAGCGUGCAUUUGUAGCAUUGUACAUGAAGACUUCACAACAAUUCCUGAAAAAUAUUUGUCUGUCUACGUGCCUUCGUGAAUUCAGAUUCAGACUGUCAGUUGUGGAUGUCAUUUUCCCCCCGUAAGAUAUACUACAUGACAAAUAAUGCACAAGAUAAGUCUAUAAAAAUGGAGGCUUUUGAUAUAAUUGAUAGAACUGUUUAAAUAUCUUCACGAAAUUUUUAUUUAUUUAUUUUUAAAUUUCACCUCACACCUCCAGUGUCACAAUCCUGAGCUCAGGUUCCUGUCUGUGUACGUUCUCCCCAUGUCAAUGUGGACUUCCUCUUGGUUCUCUGUUUUUUUUCCACUUCCCAAAAACAUGGUACGUAAAAUGGCUACACUAAAUGACCCUUAGGUGUGAAUGCGUAUACAAACGUAUUUCCCCCAGCAUUCCUGGUAUUGUCUGGAUCCACCACAACCAAGAAAAAGCAAAUGAGUGUCGUGGUCAGUCAUGUGCGCUUUUAUCAUAGCCCAUUCUGCAUUUACAGUGUAAGCAAUUUUACUCCCGGAAUACUCAAACAUAAAUUUUGCACUAUAAUUGCGAUGGUUCUAAAAGCCAGCAUCAUGUUAUGAAUGCUUGCGUUACCUCCCAAAGCGUUGCUGCAAAUACUUUAUUAGUGCUAAAACUAUCCAGGGAAGAAAGCACAAACGUCAAAGUGAAAGAACAAAUGCUCGUUAAAAGUCCACAUAAAGCCUCAGUCAUCACUCAUGGCUUUAUUGCCAAGUCUUUGUUAUUUCCAGCCAUAUUUCUCCACCCCCCCGUUGGGCAGAUAAAGAAUAUGGUUUCGGACACUAAAAGACAGACUUAUGGUGAGAAUGUUUGUGGAAUAGACAAAAGAAAGGGCUUGAGAAAUGCUUAGAGAUGGAUGGCAUAGAUAAGGAAGGGAGGGAUAAAGAUUGGGGUGUGGAAUAGUAAUGGAAUGAUUUUUUGGUGCUGCAGGAGGCCGCUGCUGUAACCAGGUUAGAAGCCUCUUUAUAUCUUGGUGUGUGGUGCACAUACACCUAGGAUGUACAUACAGGAUGUAGGCUUGUGCAAUAGCAAUUUUCCCUGAUCGCAACACAGCGUUAAACAAAUCUUUACCGCUAAAAGAGAUACAGUCAGGACACUAAAGAUUCUAACAAACUGGCAUAUCUGGGCAUGACGAGUUCUCUUUUGUACAAGACCAUUAUUUUCCAACUUUAUUUCAUUUCGUUUCCAGCAUUCGGUACUGGUGGUACUCCCACUACUAAAAGCCACAAGCCUCAAGUUUAUGUGCAGCUAUAUUAACCAUGAUUUGGCAAAAUGCAGUUAGCUCAUCCUAAGUUGAAUACACCCAUGAGUACAACUUGAGGUUGUACACUAUGAGGAGUAUUUUAACAAGUGAUUUUAUAGUAAAUGCAAAACUAACAUCUAUUUUUAAAGAGUUAAUUCACCAAGUUGUGAAAGAGAAGCGCUCACCCUAUUAUCGGGUGAUCUUCAGAUCAGAUCCCAAAAUCUGUGGCUGAGAGCCAAGGAAGCAAACCUGGCCAUGCUCUCUGGGUCGAAGGAAUAGCAUACUCUCUCCCCUGUCUGUCAAAGUGACACUACCCAAUCACAGCCAUCUGCAAGCUCAUAAAUAGAAGAGGAUGGAUAGGGUUUUCCUCCAAGUGUGUUACACUGCCCUUUAAAGCAGCAGUUCAAAAAGAUACUUUUGGCUGGCUUCAUGGGUCUCAAACGAAGCAAAUGUUAGCCUUGACACUCUGGUUGGAAGCUGCUGAAUGAUUGGGGGGAUCUGGUUGGUGGGUGGGAACUAGUAAGUGACCAAAUAUGUGGAGAAAAAUGGCAGGAAAUCGGAGAGUAAAUUCAAUAGUCAGGAGGACAUCAUGGCAACACAAAAGCCUAGGCUGAAGGCAACAAGGACAGGAAAGUGUGAAAGCAAGUAUGAAUGCUUGUGCUACAGAUGCAGGAUGUGUAGUCAAUCACAAGCGUUUGAAUGCAUUUUGGAGUCUGGCGUUGUGAUGAACACUGAAUUCUGCCAAAAAUCACUCACCAUACCUUUAAGCCUCACCGAUAGACAUUCUCACAGUGAGAGGAUCACGUAUGCAGGACGACAGGCACCAGCUAUGCAGACAGAGACAGUUUGUUCUCUCUGUGAGAACUCUGCUGCAGCUGCACCCACUGUAGCUCCCUCUCUUUCUCUGGCUAUUGACAGAGCUCUAGAUAGCUCUUCAAAACACACCAUCAGCAAUCCAGUCUCAACUUCAGCAUCUCCAACUGCGCUUUGUCUCAAAUUCCAGACCUGCUCUACAUACGGGCUCCUCACAAAAACUACACUAAUGAGAGCAUACUUCCCUCCGCUGACACGCAUUGUUCAUGCCAUGACGCCAAGCACAAAAGGCUCGAUUUGUGCCUUUCAGAUGUCAGCCUAUAUGCUCUACAGUGAACAGCUACAUGCGCCACACCUGUGAAAAAAGAUAAAGAUCUUGCGUGCUGCUCUUUGGCACUCGGUAGACUUGAGUGCAGAGCAUGCUGAGCUAAUUGGGACACCUGGAGCACAUUGUUCAGAUAAGAUUAAUGUAAUGUCCAGAAUUGGGAGAAGAAAAAAAAAAAGAAAAAAAAAGAAAGAAAAAAAAAAGUUGAACCAUGUAAUAGGGUUCUUGUCCUGUCCACAUCCCUCUCUCACCUCCUUUAGUCAUCCUGUGUCUCAGUCAUACUGAAGGCGGAGGACAGGCUGAGCGGAUGUUUUUAGACAUCUCUCAGGCAGAAGGGUCAUGAAGUACCCAUUCUGCCUCCAAUUUAAGCCGAGUGAGAAGAGAGAAGAGGUAAGGUGUACAGGAGAGGAAUAGAAGACAGCUUUAAGAAGCAAAUCACAUUCAUAUUGUAAGCCUUCCCCAGCCAGAUGAGAAUUACCCAACCACCUUUGCUUUUUCUUUUUCCCUCCCCUGUUAUCUCUGAGGUUAGUUGGGUCAGCCUCCUCCCAACAAGGACAAGUGUUUGCAAUACAAUGAUGUUAUCAUUUCCCACGGCCUCUUUUUCCUUUCAAGCAGGAAAGAGAAACAGGACAGUUGAGAUCUCUUAGUCAGAGGGAUGCAGAAAUCUUUGCGAAGGCUUACAUCGCAAUACUGAUAAAAGCUUCCAGCUGACAGAAGAUACUAUUGACCGCAUAAACCACAGAGUUGGGUGCUGGGAGAACAAUCCCACCCCAGAACCAAAGCUAAAUCAAUGCAAUAGAAAGUCAAAGCGCUCGCCCACAUUUGAACGUGCAGUACAGCAGCAAGAAAGCCCAAAUGGACCCCAAAUCUUUUUCCCUUUUUUUCCGGGAAUAAGGUUUAUCGAUUAAAUAGCACAUCCUUGUUUAACGAGGUCAGCCUGACUGAAGAGAGCAGCUCAGUUACACUCCCCAUCCUCAGCAGGAAGCUUCUAACAGGCACAAGAAUACAGCAGCAACGCAGAUAAGCACAACCUUGCACCUCUGUGAAAAUAUAACAUUUAUUAUCCUAAGAAUGACUGCUAAGGGACCAAUUCCUCUUAUAGUAGAAAAAUUCCAAACCUCCCUAGGGCAAUAAGAGGGCAUAUUUAAGUCUGCUUCUUUAUUCAAUUUCACAUAUUCACUUCAGACAGUGAUUGGGUUAGUUUUCCUCCUCUGCUCUUUUUCGCUCACUCUUCCACGCUCCCUCCAUUUUUUUUUUUUGCAGAUGAUCAGUCUCAGCUGCUUCUCCAUCACUGUCUGA